AUGCUUGAUCGUACAAGUGAAAAAGUUGUUCAUAUAGAUUUUGGUAGAGCAACGGAAGUAACUGGUAUUGAUGGAACAUUUCGUAUGCCAUAUGAAUAUGUUAUGGAUCCCAGGUGA